AUGAAUCUACUUUUUGUAUUCAUGGUAAUUCGCACAACAUCCACACUUCGAACAGAGGUGCCGCGAAGUCAAAGAUCCACUUACAAUACAACGCUAAUCAGCUAUACUACAAAGCUCCUGGACACAAUACUUCUUAACCAGGAUAAAAAAUUUCGACCCACUAAUCCAGAUUCAUCUCCUCUGAAGGUUGAGAUUGACAUUAGCGUACGAAGUAUGGGUCCUAUUUCCGAGCAGAAUAUGGAGUUUUCGCUUGAUUGCUACUUUCGACAAAAGUGGCUAGAUCGUCGUUUAGCAUUUACGCCAAUCAAUCCGGAUAAACCUGUUAUGCCACUUGCAAGCAAAAUGUUGAAAGACAUUUGGGUCCCUGACACUUACAUUCGAAAUGGUCGCAAAUCCUACCUUCACACUCUUACCGUUCCAAAUAUUUUGUUUAGAGUACGGUCCGAUGGUCAGGUUCAUGUGUCGCAAAGGCUAACGAUCCGCUCUAAAUGUCAUAUGUUUCUGAGAAAGUUUCCUAUGGAUGUACAGGCUUGCCCAAUAGAAAUUGGUUCCCUCGGAUACUUCGCUGACGAUGUCGUUUACAACUGGAAGGAUGUGGACCUGGAUGCAAAGAUGGGCAACAUGCUAUCUCAAUACAAAAUUCUGAACCAUUUCAAAUCCGAGCAUAAUUUCUCUGACUAUCGGUUCCCGGACAGAAACAUAUCCGUUCUGAAGGUGUACUUCAAACUUCAGCGUCAGCAAGGUUACUAUGUGUUGCAAAUCUACACUCCAUGCACGUUACUUGUUGUAAUGUCUUGGGUUUCGUUUUGGAUCAACAAAGAAGCAUCACCUGCACGUGUAGCACUGGGAAUCAUGACCGUACUAUCAAUGUCUACACUUGGAUUUGGUCUGCGUACGGAUUUGCCUAAAGUGUCUCAUUCAACAGCUUUGGAUAUUUACAUCCUUAGCUGCUUUGGAUUUGCCUUCGCUGCCAUGGUAGAGUAUGCCGUCAUCAACUAUGCAGCAAUCGUUUACAUACGUAAGCAGGUCCAUGAUCUGAAAGGAUUGGAAUCGAAUAGAGCAAUGGAGAAAAUGCGUAUGUUUACAGCUGGAUUGAUGGGAGCACGUCGUGAUACUCUUGCUGUAGAUGACCUAGCAUUGGCUGAAGCAGAAGAGAAACAGCCUUGGUAUUCUUGCUUUAUGAAGAAGAAAACGCCUAAAGCAACUUCAAUGUUCUAUCGAAUGGCUGUAAAAGCAGCAAAAGCACGACGAAAGCUAAAAAUGAGGGACCCAGCAAGAGUUGUGAAUCGCAUCGACAAUGUCUCCAAAGUGAUCUUCCCAUCACUCUACAUCUUGUUCAACAUAAUUUAUUGGGUAGCGUUUCUUUACUGGAUCCCUGAUGAAGUCGAUCAGAUACUCAAAUUUACUGAAAAAGGAUAG